UCACCUUGCACGGAUACGCCGUUAAAAUCCAUAACACUUUCGCCAGAAUUCCGUUUCCGUUUUUGCAAUAUCGUAAAAGCAACCUUGGCUGCUAUCGUUAAUCGAUUACAAAUGACAAUCAGCUGGUGCUUGUUUUUUGUUUUGUACAGAAAUAAGCAAUCGUAUUCAUUUGCACAAAAAACAAUUCAGUUUCCAAAUAUGUGCGAAAACUUGAUAAGAUAAAAUAAAUAACCAUUCUAAGUUCGUGUUUUUCGUGAAGCUCAGCACACCAGUGCAAUUAUUUAUAAACUAUUACGCAAAUGGUUACCGGGCAAAAUAUAGUCCCAAGCCAGAAUAGUUACUAAUAACCACUCGCUUACCAGCUCUUAUAAUGUGGAUAAUCAACGCUAUUGUGGUGCAUUUACUUCUACUUGGCUCCAUAUUUGUGAUAUAUUUUCGUUCACCAAUCAUAACGGGUUUGACGCCCCAACAUCCUAUAUCAUUGGAGCCACCAGCAAAGCGACUGGUGCUGAUUGUGACUGAUGGUUUGCGUGCGGAGUCGUUUUUUCGAAAUGGCUGCAACGAUAUACCUCAUUUAAGCCAGCUUAUGUUGAAGACAAAUGGCUUAGUUGGAGUUUCGCACACGCGAGUGCCAACUGAAUCGCGACCAGGUCACAUUGCACUUAUCGCUGGCCUAUACGAAGAUCCAUCAGCAGUAACACGUGGCUGGAAGCGUAAUCCUGUAAAUUUUGAUAGUGUAUUCAAUCGCAGUAGCUACACAUACGCUUGGGGUGCUGCAGAUGUAUUGCAUAUCUUUUCAAGUAUGGGUGGCGUGGAAAGCGAGAAACGUUUACUAAUUGACGCAUAUGAUCACGAGCUCGAUUUCUCCGGUCGUGAUGAAACUUAUAAACUAGAUGAAUGGGUGUUUAAACGUGUUCGUCAGCUACUAUCUCGAAAGGACGUGGAAUUAAGGAGGCAAGAAAAAGUAAUUUUCUUCUUACAUCUCCUGGGUCUGGACACGGCUGGUCAUGUGCAUAAGCCUGGUACGCCAAACUUUCUAGAAAAUUUACACCGCACUGAUAAAGGUAUAUCCGAAAUUUAUAAGGAAUUUGAGCGUAUAUUCCCUGACAACCGUACAGCUUACGUGUUGACCUCUGAUCAUGGCAUGACAAAUUCAGGUUCACAUGGCUCGAGCGACACUUUCGAAACUGAAACCCCUUUCUUCCUUUGGGGCGCUGGCAUUGCCAGCAAUGUCAGCUAUGACAUCGAGUUUACUAUUGGCGAGGAUACAACGCGGCCUCUCUAUGCUAUACAACAGGCGCAGUUAACACCAUUAAUGGCAGCUCUGAUUGGAGUUGCACCACCUGUUAACAGCAUUGGCAUGAUACCGUUGCAGUUCCUAAAUGCGUCAGAUGAAUAUAAAGCGCACGCCAUACAUACCAAUGCACUUCAGCUUUUGGCACAGUUCCAGGCAUUGUUAAUCGCACACCAGCGUGGACUAUUUUCGCGUAACCUACUAGGAUAUAGCAAACUUAAUGCUGAAAUAAUAACCCAAUAUAUAGAAAGUACGGAGCACAAACUGCAAAGUGGUCAAUUCGCGGAAGCCAUUUUCACGAGUUAUAACGUUAUGCAACACACAUUGGAAGGCAUGGAGUACUAUCAGGGUUACUACCGCAAGCCAUUACAGAUAAGUACAGCUGCUACAUUUAUUUUUUGGAUUAUAUAUUGUUUGCAAUUGCUGCUGGGUCAGCAACGUCGAGUUAAACGUUUUUAUUGGCGCUGGUCACUAACAAUCGGUCAGAAACUAAGUUUGCUGCUAGCCUGCGUAUUUCUACUACUGCAACGUGUUCCAAUGGUCAUAGCUUUCUAUCUAUUACUACCUUUAUUGGUUUGGAUAUUGCUGGUGCAGAAGCAAGGUGUUUCCUUACUGCCGCUCAUACGUGCAAUGCCUCUAUUUCAAUUAUUAGCGCUCAUUUUAUGCGCCGAAUUGUUUGUUUACAGUUUUUUUGAGCGCAAACUAAUUGCAUUGAGUUUUUUAAUUUACAGUCUAGUAAUAAAUUUUCGCGCAUUCCCUGGUAAUAAUGCAAAGCUUUACAUAUGGUUGCCAUUAAGUGUGUGUUUAGCGAUAUUUCCGCUGCUACCACCAUCAGUUGGCUAUGCAAACACAUGGUUGCUGCUGUUGGGCAUGUUUGCAACGAUGAUUCGUCCCUUUGUUGUUAAAUCUCAUGUGCAUUGGCAUAUCAAAUUACCAGCCAUGGUGUGUAUUAUCAAUGCGCUCUUGGCCAGCUUCUGGCACGCGCAGCAACGCGGUGUACCGCUAUUAUCACAAGCACUUUCAUGGCUAUUUCUUAUCUACACACUUUCAGUAAUAAUUCUUUAUAGAACGUCGGUAUUAAAGCAACGCAUUGAGCUUAUAUUCUACUUACUAACUUCGCUUUACGCGCUACUCUGCACUUCGUAUGAGUCACUUUUCAUAGUGAUGCUUGCAUCGGAGCUAAUGCUUACACUAUCAGUACAGCCAAUACAACUGCCUAUAGCACACAAAUUAGAGGAGCAGUUUUCAAAGGAUAAAAUGCGGCAUGUGGUUAGCUCGCCGCAGCAGCUGCAAGUUGCUCUACGACUUUCUUUUAGCAUACUGCUAUACACACUGUUCUCUUUUUUCGGCACUGGCAAUAUUGCAUCCGUAAGUUCAUUCGACCCAAACAUUGUGCGAUGCUUCUUGAGCACCUUUUCGCCAUUCAUCAUUAUGGCGUUGGUGAUUUUGAAAUUAGUCAUACCUGUAUUGUUAAAUAUAUCGAUCAUAUUUGGUAUGUCACGAUUUGCGCGCGACAACGAACAAACAAUUUUCGUUUGUUUAAUGCUAAUAUGUGAUGUAAUGGGGUUGAAUUUUCUAUUUCUGGUACGAAAUGAAGGCUCAUGGCUGGAAAUCGGUACUUCGAUAUCACACUUUGUCAUUAUGGAAGUGACAACAGUGGUGCUGGUGAUUUUCACUUAUUUUGCUAAGCUGCUGCUGCGUUUAAAUGAAAAGGCGCGAAAUGAGGAGUAAGAAGUGUAAUUAAGUAUUAUUUAUAUACUAAUAAUCUUAUCAGAAUCUGAGUCGAAUGCAACAAAAGCCGAAGCCUGAGUCAAACAAAUGCUGUGCAUAAUAUUUAUUCCACAUUACAAAUACAUUUUUGAUAUUUUUAAACUUAAAAUAAAUUAAGUAUUACAGUUAGUACAUACAAGACAUGAUUAUAGCUAAGUAUUCGCAAAUAUAUGUGUAUAUAUACUAUAUUUAACUUAAAACAAAGACUAAAACUAUUAGCAUAAAAUGUAGUUUAGAUCUUACACUAAGCGAUAAAUAUUUAUGUACAAAAUUUGAGUGUAAAAUACAUGCUCCGAACUGCCUGCAUGGUAUGAUUACUUAU